GCCUCUUGACCUUCUUUGUGCAGACAGAGAACAAUUUGGGUGAGGUGAAAGGACCACUAUGAGAGGCUUGCAGCUCAGAAGGGGGUUGCUGGUGCUUCUGCUGCUUGGGACACUGUCUGCUGUCGUCAACGCAGCCGGCGUCACGAGCGCCGAACGAGCUGGAAGAAACCAGAGGAGAGGUGGAGGCGGCGGAGGAGGAAGCGUAGAGAAGAGAAGGAGGUUCCACCGCAUCCAACACGGCCAAUGCAGCUACACCUUUAUCCUUCCGGAGCUGGACGCAUGCCAGGGCGGAGGACCACAGUCGCACACAGAGCAAUAUGGCAGCUCCCGCUCAGCCGGGGCAAGUGUUGUACAGAGGGACGCGCCGCCCAUAGACAACGAAUGGUCGGCUCAGAAACUGCAGCACCUGGAGACGGCAAUGGAGAACAACACGCAGUGGCUGCAGAAGUUGGAGAACUUCAUUAAGAAGAGCAUGAAGCCGGAGAUGGUUCAGAUCCAGACCCAUGCUGUGCACAACCAGACAGCCACCAUGCUGGAGAUUGGAACCAACCUCCUUACACACACAGCAGAGCAGACACGAAAGCUCAACGUGGUCGAAGCCAAGGUGCUGAACCAUACAUCAAGGAUAGAGAUCCAGCUUCUGGAAAAUUCUCUGUCCACCAACAAGCUGGAGAAGGAGCUGCUCCUGCAGACCUCUGAGAUCAGCCAGCUACGAGACAAGAACAGUCGUUUGGAGAGUAAAGUACAGAUGCUGGAGUCUCAGCAGAGAGGAGAGCUGGAGGACAUGAGAGAAGAGAAGAACCGACUACAGUCUGUAGUCAGGACUCAGAUGGCAGCCAUCGAGUCGCUGGAGAAGCAGCUGAGGGUCGCCAGCAGCAACAACACCGCUCUGCAGAAGCAGCAGGCCCAGCUGAUGGAGUCCGUCCACACACUCAUUAACAUGGUGUCUAGCACUACAGGGUCAUCUCCUAGGAACCAGAGGUGGAAGGACUGUGCAGACGCCUACAAGGCUGGCCACUCCGUCAGUGGUCUUUACCACAUCUACAUCGGAAACAUGACUGAGCCCAUACAGGUGUACUGUGACAUGGACACCAGCGGUGGAGGGUGGACGGUCUUCCAGCGUCGAAUCAAUGGCAGCUUGGACUUCCAAAGGACCUGGACAGAGUACAAAAUGGGUUUCGGGGAUGUGUCAGGGGAGCACUGGCUGGGUAAUGAACAGGUGUACCAGCUGACCAGUCAGGGUCAGUACUCGCUCAGAGUGGAACUGAGAGACUGGGAGGGAAGCUCCGCCUACUCACAGUAUGACCGCUUUACACUGGCCAGUGAGAGACAGCAGUACAGGUUGUAUCUGAGGGGUUACAGUGGCACAGCAGGGAAGCAAAGCAGCCUUGCCACCCACGGGACUGGUUUCAGCACCCGGGACCAGGACAACGACAACUGUGACCACUGUAAAUGUGCUCUGAUGCUGACUGGAGGUUGGUGGUUUGAUGCCUGCGGUCUUUCCAACCUGAACGGUAUGUACUAUGCUGUCGGCCACAACAUCAGGAAGCUCAACGGCAUCAAGUGGCACCACUUCAGAGGCCCCAGUUACUCCCUCCGCUCCACCGCCAUGAUGGUCCGACCAUAUGACUUCUAACAACACCUCUCUGCUCCACCAUGGCACAGCCCAAUGACUUAAGGACACUCUGAUUGGCAAUCCCAAUGGGAAAACCCAAUUAAUAUAAUAUGGUACAGCCCUAUGACUGCUAACAGAACCCCCUCUGAUUGAACAACAUCAGAUUUCA